AUGUCACAGCCAAGUAGCGGCGGCGACGGCGAAGAAGAAGUAGCCGCGGAGGAAAUCGGUCGAGUCGGCAAUCUCCCCGACGACAUCCUGCAUCACAUCCUUUCCUUACUCGCCGACACGAAAACCGCCGUCCAAACCAGCCUUAUCUCCAAGAGGUGGAGGCACCUGUGGAAAGACGUUCCUGUCCUCAACCUCGACCAGAACUCAUUCCCCAGUGGUGAGGGUUACAGAACAUUCGUACGCAACCUGUUGCACCACCGGUCGAACCAGACAACCAUCGACAGGCUCAGCUUCACUGCCCGCGGGAUGGACAUCGAAUCGUUCCACAUGGUUCUGGACCACGCCGGUCGAACCGGUCGGCUACUACGGGCUUUAUCCGUCAGGCAUUCCUGCGUCGUCAGUCGUUACAGGAACAUGGUCGCGUCCAUCGUGCGUCACAAGCUUCACGAAUCGCUCGAGGAUCUCGAGCUGACCGGCUUCCGCAUCGUCGUAGAUCACGACGUGAUUCAGGGCGGCGGAUUCAGAAUGCUGAAGGCCCUCUCGUUGACUGUCUGCUUCAGCGUUGACCUCGGCGUGGCUUUGAGCUGCUUCGGCGGCGGGAUGCUGACCACCCUGGAGCUGCGUGGCUGCUGGCUGAAUUUUUACGACGGAGAUGACGAUCCUUUUGCUGUGCUUCCUUGUUUGAAAAGCUUGAAGCUGCUCGAUUGCCGUAUGACGGUCCGGUCAACGUCCUUGGUUGGUUUCAAAGUGUCGGGACUCCAGUUGCGGGAAUUGGAGAUUCGUUACAUGUUCCUAAUAGGUAGUUUUGCGGUGAGUGAAGUGUUGGCUCCGAAGCUCGAAUCGUUUCGUUGUACGGGGCUUGUGAGUCGGAUCGAGGGACUCCGCGAGUUGAACUUUCCUUCUCUUGUUCGUGCUAGCUCUGAAAGCACAUAUUGGCAGUCACGCUUUUGCGACAUGGAGGCAUUGAUAAGAAACGAAGUCUCUCGAUUCACCGGACUAGAUGAUUUCAGGGCUUUCUGUCUGUUCCUUUUCCGCGACGGCGGCGACGAUCCUUUCGCCGACCUUCCCCGGCUGGAAUGCUUGAAGGUGAUCAACUGCGUAUCGACCUCGCGGGUCGUGAAAGUAUCGGGUCUCCGGUUACCGAGCCUACAGAUCGACAACGCUGACGGUUUCGGGAUCGGCGAAUUGUUGGCUCCAAGGCUCGAGUCAUUCUGUUACUCGAGCUGCGUGGUCCGUUUGCUUGAACUCCGCCCGUUGAAUCUUCCUUCCCUUGGUCGCGCCAGUGUCCGACUGAAGCACAUCUGUGGGCUCUCGGACGAGCAGGCUCGUCGUGCGGUUAUGAGUUUACUGCGUGGUUUGUGUAACGCAAAGUCUCUCAGACUUAUGUUUCGAAGAUAUGCUUCGGAGGUCGGAAAACUCUCCCUUAAUUAA